AGUGGGUCAGCUGCCAGAGAAGUACAUACACUUCAGUCGAUUCUCAUUUGCACUUUCGUUCAGGAUACACGUUAGUGAACAUUGUAAAAACGCUCACACAAAAUGGCCGACCUGUCGAAAGCUGAUAUCGAACGCGUGGAUUUCGUGUGGGGAAUCUAUGACAGCACCAAUGAAGGCAUUGAUGCUUACUACUUGGGUGACCUCCUACGCGCUCUGGAAUUAAACCCAACACUGGCCACCAUUGAGAAGUUGGGUGGUACCAAGAAGAAAGGUGAAAAGAAAUUGAUGGCCGAUGAGUUCUACCCGAUUUUCUCUCAAGUGUUGAAGGACAAAGAUCAAGGAGUAUACGAAGAUUUCAUCGAAUGUUUGAAAUUGUACGACAAAGCCGAAGACGGUCACAUGAUCGGCGGUGAAUUGACACACAUCCUUUUAUCUCUCGGAGAGAAAUUAAGCGAUCAGGAACUUGACAUAGUCGUCAAGGACUGUUUAGACCCUGAAGACGAAGAUGGUAUGAUCCCCUAUGUUCCGUUUUUGGCCCGAGUUUGUGGAAAGCCCGAACCCGCCAGCGAAAAUCCGUUCACCAAAUAAAUUAACGUGUACUCGAUCAAAAGAAAAUACGCGACAUUUAUUAUUAACA